ACAGAGCUGGGUGGGCGGGCUUUCAUCUCCAUCAAUUUCUCUCCUACCCAGACAGCAAGGAUCUGAAAAGGAGGGGGGCACAGACCCAAUCGCCUUUCCCCCCCAUUUCUCUCUUUCCCCCCCUUUUCCCCUUCCUUCCUUCACUUGGGUUUUUUUUUAGGUUCACCUCUUCCCCACCCCUCCCUCUUCCCUAUACAUCUGCUUCUUUCCAUCCCUUCCUAUCUUCCCCCCAUUCCUGAGAUCACCUAUUGUUACAAUCUCUCACCCCCCUUUCUUCACCAUCCUUGUCUCCAGUUCAGCCACCUUCGAUUUCUCUUUGCCCCCCUCCUUCCCUGUUUGAGGCCUUCCUGAAUUUAUUUAUUUUCGUUUUUCCUCUCCUCUCCCUUCCCCUCCUUCAGGAAAUGAGGAAAGAUGCUGGAGGAUGAGGUCCAGGUAACAGCGGCAGCGCCAGCAAGCCUGGCUGUCGCACAGCAUUUUAAGGAUGCUGGCGACCCUCUCCUUUGGGUACCAUUGUUCCUGGCCUCUUUUGCUCCAUUCUAUCUUUUCUGACAGCUGACUGAACCCCAUCAUUUCCCCCUUUUUUCUCUCCAUUCUCUGCUUCGUUGGGUGGCUGAUAUCUUGCACCCCUCCCCAAUCCCUCCUAGUGACACCUGCUUUUUGAAACCCCCCUUUCCCCCUUGCCUUCCUGAUCCAUGAUUCUCGACUCCCCCCUAAGAUGCUAAGACAAGGCCCCUUCCUUCUUCUGGCUGCGUCCAUGUCGUAUUUCAACCCCGAGAAAGCUUUGGCAGCGCCUUCGGAAAAUGAUGGAUUAUCCCAGGGUCGGGCUCCUCUGGCCCCUCCCUAUGCCGUGGUCCUCAUUUCCUGCUCAGGCUUGCUGGCAUUUAUCUUCCUCCUCCUCACCUGCCUUUGCUGCAAGCGGGGCGACGUAGGGUUUAAGGAAUUUGAGAACCCAGAUGGAGAAGAAUAUUCUGGAGAGUACACACCACCUGCAGAGGAGACAUCCUCUUCUCAAUCUAUCCCAGAUGUCUACAUUCUGCCACUCUCCGAGGUCUCGCUCCCAUCCUCUAACCAACAGAUGCCCAAAACUGAUCUGGUGAAGCACCUGGGACUAAGCAGACAACACCUCAGUUACUUGCAGGAGAUUGGAAAUGGCUGGUUUGGAAAGGUAAUUCUGGGUGAAAUAUUCUCCGAUUUCACCCCUGCACAAGUCGUGGUGAAGGAGUUACGGGUGAAUGCUGGGCCACUUGAACAGAGGAAAUUCAUAUCAGAGGCCCAGCCCUAUCGAAGCCUCCAACAUCCAAACAUAUUGCAGUGCCUCGGCCUUUGCACAGAGACCAUUCCUUACUUGCUUAUCAUGGAAUUCUGCCAACUGGGAGAUUUGAAGCGUUACCUUCGAGCUCAACGCAAAGCAGAUGGGAUGACCCCAGAUUUGCUAACCCGGGACCUGAGCACACUGCAGCGCAUGGCCUAUGAGAUCACACUGGGAGUGUUGCACUUGCAUAAAAACAACUACAUCCACAGUGAUCUGGCACUUCGGAACUGCUUACUGACUUCUGACCUCACAGUGAGGGUUGGAGACUAUGGGCUAUCUCACAACAAUUACAAGGAAGACUAUUACAUCACUCCGGACAGGCUCUGGAUCCCUUUGCGUUGGGUUGCUCCAGAGUUGUUGGAUGAGAUGCAUGGAAACCUCAUUGUUGUGGAUCAAACCAAGGAGAGCAAUGUUUGGUCGAUGGGAGUGACCAUCUGGGAGCUCUUUGAAUUUGGUUCCCAGCCUUACCGGCACCUCUCUGAUGAGGAAGUGCUGACUUUUGUCGUCAAGGAGCAGCAGAUGAAACUGGCCAAGCCUCGCCUUAAGCUUCCUUACUCUGACUAUUGGUAUGAGGUCAUGCAGUCCUGCUGGCUCCCAGCGUCUCAUCGGCCAACUAUGGAAGAGCUACACUUGCAGGUGAGCUACCUGUUGAAUGAGCGCUCCAACGCUCAAGCAGAGGAGAGCUUUGAGUGGCGUUGGAGUGCGCUGAAGCCAAAGCGCUCCUCUUCACCACCAGCAGCCUCGUCUUCCUCAGCACGUCACCGCCGUUCCUCAGAAGAGAUCUCAGCUUAUCCGCUAUUGGAUGGGUUCCAUGGCAGUGACAUGGAUGAUAUCCUGACUGUGACUGAAAGCAGUGGGGGGCUGAACUUUGAGUAUAUGUGGGAGAAGGCCCGUCUGGGAAGAUGGAAGGGCCCUGCCUCGGCUCCUCCUGAGUACCCCUCCAGCAAUGGUGGCCUAGCUGUGCCGGGCAGCAAUCCUUUCUACGAACAAGGCUCACAGCGUGGACACAGCCUGGAAACCCCUAGUGUUGUGCCCGUAAUCAGUGCCCGCAGUCCUUCGGUCAGCAGUGAGUAUUACAUCCGCCUGGAGGACCAUGGCAGUGGGGAGGGGCCAGUCUGUGCUCCUAGCCCUGGCUCACCGCCCCAGCCCCUCUUCCCCUCAGAUUGGGACUGCCCUGGUGCCCCCUAUCGCCCUCAGGAGCCGCCCACCAGCAAUCCUUUCCUGCCCAGUAGUGGUGGGGACAGCAACCCCUUCCGUGCUGACAGUGAGAUCCAAGAGACAUCAUUGACAGAGACUCCCACGACGGGAGGAGAAUCAUUCCUUGCUGAGUCGCUGCUCACAGUAUACCGUGAAUUGGAGGACCAGCAGCGUAACUGGGAUGCUGAGAUGAUGGAAGAACGAGGAGCAGGGGAGACAUUGGCUGGGGACCCAUCAGAGUUCCAGGGUUCCCCCUCAUGGGAACAGGAGCCCUCACUGAUGGAGGACCAGAGUUCUGGCAGCAGCACAGAUGGUGGCGGGAGCAGCAUUGGGGGUGGGCGGCGCAAUCUCUUGCCAUGCCCACUCUGCACUCGGGUGCGCUGCACAUGUGCUAUUCCUAGGGGGGAUGUGGUGAGUGGCUGGAGCAACCAUGGUCCACCUUUGCAACGCCCUCACCGUGACAGUUACGGCACUGAGGAUGACUCCUCACUGAAAGUGGAGCGGGGUUCCCUCUCUGAGUGUCCUAUUCUGCCCCCUCGGGACUGUGAUGGGGAAGGAGAGGCGCACAAUGAAUUUUUUGACCCACUCAUGGGCACAGUUGUGAAGACCUAUGAACUUCAAGAUUACCCAAAACAGAGAGGCGGAGGGAGCACCCGGGUUGCACCAGGAUCACCCUUCCCAGCCAUGUCGACUGGCUGCUGCAAUGUGAUCGUUCCAGUAGAGAUACCCCCCUUGUCCACUCUGGCUGAGAGUAAUGACGAGGAGACUAUUGCAAUCCUCCCGGAUGUUAUUGAUGGGUUUUCCACGGGCCCUGUAACCUUAACCCUCUCCCCAGCAGCACCAGACCGACAAAGAGGAACCCUAGAUUCUGUAGAUUCCUUGGACAUUCCUUCUAACACCAGUUCCUCAGAUGUCUGCAGCCCUGCAUCACAUUAUUCCUCUCCUGGGCAGAAAUUUGGGGACAGUGGUUACGAAACAGAGAACACUUUUUCUCCUGAGUUCAUCUUCAAAGAGGACCCUCCACCACCAGCACCACCUGGAGAAGAGGAGGAAACAGAGGGAGAUGAAGAUUCGGGCAAACUCCCAACAACACCCAUCUCUCAAUCCACUAGUGACCUUACCUUGUCUGUGAGUGAAGAAGGGUUGGAGCUGGAGGAAGAGGUAGGGAGGAGUUUGGGACCUACAACACCACACCGUGACUCUGCCUACUUCUCUGAUGGAGAGGCAGAACCUCUUGAGGUCCUGGCUCCUCCUGCCCCUCCUGUUGGGAGUGAGGAGAGAAAGUCCACAGAGAAGACAACUCUGGAUGGAGGCUUUGUCGUUCAGGUAUGCAAGGAACAGCUGUUGGUUACUCUGCAUGAAAAUGUCACACGCAACCUACUCUGCAGUCAGAAGAAACCAGUGCCAGAGCUUCGUCCGGUUGCCCCUUUGAAGGACCAGGCCAUCCUUCGGUUGUGGACCCUAGAACCUAAGGAGGGGCAAGAAGAGACAGAGGAAGAGGAAGAAGUGCAGGAGGAGGAGGACAAGAAAAACCACAAGAAGGUUGCCAUUGAUUCCCAGCAGCCAGAAAUCAUGGAAGAUAAGGAGAAGGAAGAGGUGGUGGAGGAGGAAGAGGAGGUAGACGUGGAGAAUAAGGAGAAACAUCAAGAAGAGGUUAAUGGAGAGCUUGAGGGGAUAAAGCCUGCAUGUGAGGAAGAUGAAAGAAAAGAAAAGGAGAAGCCUAGCCAGACAGAGAUUCAAAGUGUAGCAGGAUCCAGUGUGGUAGAGCUCCCGGAUGUCCCGGAAGACAGCUCUGUAGCAACUGAGCAGCCCCUGAAGGAGCAGGAGCCUGGACUCUCAGGGAAUCAAGCUGGGGAAGAUAUCAAAGUCAAGCUGUCCCGCUUGUCUCUGUCCCUUCCCCCUCUGGCCUUGCAGGCUUUCCCUCCACCUGGAGGAGGAAGGAAAGGGCCAUUUUGGGAAGGAGCAGCUUUGGGGGAGGGCCCCGUGCUGGGUGGGAGAGAAGCUGCCAUGGCGGCAGAGGAUGAGGAAGAAGAUGACGCUGAGGAUGAUGAUGAAGGAGGCCUGGCUGGAAGUGGAGGGAGGGCUGUCCCCAUUGUGGUGAGCGAAAGCGACGAUGCCCGCAACUUGCGUGGUCUCCUCAAGUCCCCGCGCUCAGCGGAAGAGGCAGCUGCUGAGCUGGACCGCAAGCGAAAGAUGGUCUCCUUCUUUGACGAUGUCACUGUCUACCUCUUUGAUCAGGAGACACCAACCAAUGAGCUGAGUUCACAAGGAGCACCGGAUGGUGAUACCCCUUCUCCUGGCUCAACGUUAGAACCAGGACUUGAUCCCUUUCCCCCAGCCGAUGGCUUCAGUGGCAGUUUUGAAUGGGAUGACGAUUUCCCCCUGAUGGCUCAGAAUCCGUCGUAUGUCUCCAUGGUGUCAGACCCCAGCACAGUCAAGCCCUCCCUCCCAGCCAUGUCUUCGCCAGUUCCGCUGGCCCCUGCCUUGCUGCCCUCAGCCAAGAGGGCUGAGUCUGGCCUUGUCGAUGCCCUGAGGUUCUCCCGCUUCACCGUCUCUCCUGCUCUGGAACCACAUCUUUCUCCCUCUUGUGACACUGAACUAGGACCUACAGCCAACCCAAUAGAGAACUGAGACGAAGUCGAAAGUGGACAACCCCGCUGCCUGUCGCCUCAGUGUUCAGGGAUGCUGCCCAAUCAACCGGUUGACAUACCGGUGCCAAGAUGCCACACCGAUUUCUGUGGUGAAUGGACAGACACAUGCGUUUGUGUGUGCGUACAUUUGUGUUCAUGGUAUGGCAGCCAUUGUUGCUAUCUAGACCUUGAUUCCCGAUGGACUUUUUCCUUCCCUGUCUUUGCCCUUCCUCCUACGUUCCCACUUGGGAACGGUGGGGUGGAACCUUUUGUAUGAACCUAUUUGGGGCCACCAACUGAUGAGGGAAACAUCUCCUCAAUUUUACAGGGGGGUCCUCACCCAGUACUGGCUUUUGAAUGUAUAACCCCUCUCCUUCUCCCAGCUUUCUUUCCUUUCUCUGAUAUGUCACAUCUAAGGGCCCUCGGUGCCAAACUGAGAGGGUCAGGGUCGGGGAAUGGAGCCUCUAAGGACCUGCCAUUGACUUCUUGUGAGCCCUUUGCAUCUCCCUGAAUCUCAUCAGCUGUAAUCCUGGAAUGUGGAACAUGGCUGCCAAUUUAAAUCCCUUUUGUGCCAAACAGGACUGAAUGGGGCUGGGAACCCUCCCCAAUUAACCAGCAUUAGAUGUAUAUAUAUACAUAUAUAUGUAUAUAAAGAAAAGUCCAUUGAAUUGAACCUUGGGACAGAAUUGCACUGGGAAGACCGAACAACCAAAUCACAUCCACUAACCUGGAGUAACUGAGAGAUGAUUGCAACCAACAAAGUGAGUGGUGAGGUUUGCUUGGAUGGGAAUGCUUUAUCUGAAGCUGCAAUGAGAUGAUCUCAACAUAUCAUUUUUUCCAAAAGUGAUAUACAUUGGUCAGCAUCUGUUAACAGAUACAUGGGAAAGUUGGUCACAUCACCAGCCUGUAGCAGCCAAGCAAUGGGCACCCAAUGGUAAACAAUGCCUUCCGCAUUGGCCUGGCUAAUGGAUACUUGGAAAAGCAUCCAUGGUUCAUCCAUAGCAUUGAUGGAGAUGGGUUGACUUUUUUGGAACUAGUUAGUCCCGACCAUCCUAGUCCCCUAGUGGUUUAUGUUGUGUGGUUAAUGAAGGUUAUUAGGGUACAGUUGAAAUGACGAGGAUUUCCAGAGGUUGGACUAGCCGCUGAUCAAUUGUGCCAAAAGAACCCUAUGAACAUGAAUGGAUUGUAUUAAAAUGAUCUUGGGGAUAUUCAGAGCUUAAAGAGUCAAAUUGAGUGAUAUUUUUUUUGGAAACCUAGAGGUAUUGAAUCUUGUCCAUCCCCGCUCUCUGCUUGCAGUACACUGUGGCCAGAGUUAGGAGAAAAAGAGCAUUGGUGUGGGGGAUUGCAGGGGUUAAUUUGGGGAAGGGGGCAGAUAUAUGCAUGAACUUGCCUUCCAGCAAGGGGUGGGUGGGAUGGGGAUUAGACUUGAUGACCAACCAAGCCCUUCCAGCAUUGAUUUCUGUAGAGAAUAUUCAUCAGGCCACAACCAGCAUGUUGCUGGUUUGUGUCGAACUUACAAUAGUUGCAGCUUUAGUUAUGAAGCUGGAGCCCCUGGAUAUAAAGAUUGAUUACGAGGUCCAUCUCCCUUCUAAGACAAGGAGUGAUUUAAGGUCUUGCACCUUCUCUUACUCCACCCGAGGAGAAGAACAACUGUAGGUAGGUAAGGAAACAAACAAACAUACAAAACGACAGAUACCUCAACUGGUAGUUUCUACUUGCAACCUGUGAAUGUUGCAUGCAUAUAUUUGGUUUACAGCAAGGGUGAGAAAACUUUAGCUCUCCAGAUGAUUCGGACCUAGAAGAUGAAGCCCUAGACAGCACAACCAACGACAAAGGAUUGUGGGAGUUGUAUUCCAGAAGACAUGGAGAUUCAAAGUUCCCAAUUCUUCAUUUUAGGCAUAGGAGUCCCCCAUGGUGCAAUGGGUUAAACUCUUGUGCCGGCAGGACUGAUGACCAGGUCAGCAGUUCGCAUCCGGGUAGAGUGGGUUGAGCUCCCACUGUCAGCUCCUGCUCCCCAUGUGGGGACAUGAGAGAAGCCUCUCACAGGAUGGUAAAACAUUCAGGCAUCCCCUGGGCAACGUUCUUGCAGACAGCCAAUUCUCUCACACCAGAAAUGACUUGCAGUUUCUCAAGUCGCUCCUCACACACACACAAAAAUGUGACAGUUCAAAUCUGAGGAGAGCAAGUUGAGCUCCCUCUGUCAGCUCCAGGUCCCCAUGUAGGGACAUGAGAGAAGCCUCCCACAAGGAUGGUAAAACAAAACAUCCAAGCGUCCUCUGGGCAACGUGCUUGCAGGCGGCAAAUUCUCUCGCACCAGAAGCGACUUGCAGUUUCUCAAGUCACUCCUGACAUGGAAAAAAAAUAAUUUAAGACAGUGGUUCUCAACCUGUGGAUCCCCAGAUGUUUUGGCCUUCAACUCCCAGAAAUACAAACAGCUGGUAAACUGGCUGGGAGUUGUAGGCCAAAACACCUGGGGACCCACAGGUUGAGAACCACUGAUUUAAGGCAUAGUUUAUGGAAGGAAGACUUUUUUUAGUAGUACCUUUUGAUUUUCAAAGCAAACAUCCACAGAUAGACCUGUCCUCUGUGUUUUCACUUUUGAGUUGGUGUAAACAAAGCAAACAUGAUUUUGACAGGACAGUGACAACAUUGCCGUUUGCUUGUGGGCAGAGGCACCAAUAGCUGCAGUCUGGAAAGAAUUUGGUUAAAGAACUGGAACUCCACUUCCUUCUUGUGUCCUGUGAACUAGGUGCUGUAGUAUAUACUUGUUUCUAGCCACCUGAAAUAGCUAUGAGGACCAGAGAGUAAGCAAGCAGCUGCCACUUCUGACAAAUGUGAAAUUAAACCAAACCCUUCAAUCCAGAGCCUCCCCCUCGAGACUGCUGGUUUCUUAUCCCUGUAGAUAUGACUUUCCCAAGUCCACCAAGGCUUAGUUGCCUUCACUGCAUCUAUCAUGUUGGUAUGCCAUGUUAAGAAAUAUUGUGGCUGGCGUAAUAGAAAGAACUGCCUGAGAGCAAAGAGCUGACAGCAUUUAUCCCGUGAACUCUAAAAGGUUGCUUCAGUGACUCCAGCACUGUCACAACUGAAAGGUGGCAAAUCACAUGGCUUUUGACACUGAAGUGACAGAGUGGGCUAUACUGGCCCUGUUUUCAGUUGUCACACUGCAUGUGGCAUCUGUCUGUGCAUCCCCUAGGAGACCUGCUAUCCACUGUGAGAAUCCUUGGCUUAAGGGACAAUGACUCUUAUCUGAGGCAUUCCUCCUUUCCUCAAAUGACUUAGAGUUCCAGUCACUAGAGUUUGAAGACGUUGGGCAGCUCUUCUUGCCUUUCCUUCUGUGUGUGUGUUCUGCCUUUGGGAAAGAGGUGGGAAAAGCCAGAAAUGUUACAAAAAGUAGACAUAAAUACAGAUCUUUGCAGUUAGUUCCAACAAGAGUAGAUCUAUUGAAUCCUCUAUUUGAAGGGAAAGCCGAUACAAAGAUAAACACCCUAGAUUCACUGGUUCUACUCUAGUAGGGGGUGACCAAUAACAUGUACCUUCCAACAUUUCAUAGGUGAACAUCAAGAAACAUGUGGCUAAGCAACAUCAUAUGGUGGUGAAGUUGGCAAAAGUUAUUAAUGAGAGAAUAGACAUGGUAGGAGAAGCUGCAGUAAUUUUGCCUUUGACUGAA